AAUUUCCCUCCUUUCACAUACUAUUUUACCCCCGCUCAUUGGAUUUGCUUUUCUUUUAUUAACCCUCCAAUUAAAAAAGUUUAUUACUUUCCAUUUCAUUCAGCUCCUAGAGGGGGGGAAAUACACACCAUACCGAGAAACUAUGAACGCAGCUACACCCGCCACAACCACGUCGCACGCCGGCACGCCGGUGCCCUCUGACACGGGGGACAAGCGCGAGUCAACAGCGCAGGACCGCGCGGCGGCCGAAGAAAAGGUAAUAAACGAAGAGUACAAGAUGUGGAAGAAGAACUCGCCGUUCCUGUACGACCUCCUGGUGACGCACGCGCUGGAGUGGCCAUCGCUGACGGCGCAGUGGUUCCCCGAUAUUGAGCGGCCCGAGGGCAAGGACUAUACCAUCCAGCGGCUCUCCUGGGCACGCACACCCCAGGUGCAGGUGCCGAGGGACGACAUGGCAGAGCAGCACAAACUCAAUGGCGAAAGCGGGGAGCUUGGCGGGUAUGGCGGCGCCGAGUGCAAGAUCAGCAUUGUGCAGCGGAUCAACCACGAUGGCGAGAUCAACCGGGCGCGGUAUAUGCCGCAGAACCCCGACGUCAUUGCGACCAAGACCGUGGUAGAGAACGGCGCCGUGUUCAUCUUUGACCGCACGCGCCAUCCGUCGACGCCGGCCAACGACGGAGUGUGCCGGCCGGACAUCAAGCUCGUCGGCCAUUCGCGCGAGGGCUACGGCAUGGCGUGGAACGUGCACCGGGAGGGCUACCUGCUCAGCGCAUCCGAGGACACCACGGUGUGCUUGUGGGACAUCAAGGGCGUGACGCGGGACCAGCGCAAGCUCGAGCCCCUGUGCGUCUUCCGCGGCCACACGGCCAUCGUCGAGGACGUAGCGUGGCACUCGAUGCAUCCCGAGAUAUUUGCGUCGGUCGGCGAUGAUCGCCGGCUGUUGAUCUGGGACACGCGGCGGGCACCAGGCGAGAAGCCCGUGCAGGAUGUCGUUGCGCACGAGUCGGAGGUCAACUGCGUGGCAUUCAACCCCAAGUCCGAGUUUGUUUUCGCCACUGGGUCUGGCGACACCACCGUGGCGCUGUGGGACCUGCGCAACCUCAAGUACAAGCUGCACUCGCUGGAGGCCCACAAGGACGAGGUGCUGCAGCUGGCGUGGUCGCCCAAGCACGAGACUGUGUUGGCCUCGGCCAGUGGCGAUCGCCGCGUCAAUGUCUGGGAUGUCAGCCACUGCGAGGAUGCGGAGGACGGCCCGCCCGAGCUUAUGUUUAUCCACGGCGGCCAUACCAGCAAGGUGUCGGACCUGGGCUGGAACCUCAACGAGGACUGGACCAUGUGCACGGCUGCCGAGGACAACAUUGUGCAGGUGUGGCAGAUGGCCAGCAACAUCUAUGCGCCCGUCGAUCCGUCGACUGUGCCUGCAGAAGCUGUCGAAUGAAGAAGAAGAAAAAAAGUUUUUCUUCUUGGUCUUUCCUUUAAUUUCUUUGUCCUUUUCCUCUUUCUUUUUCUAUAUCCCUUUUC